AUGUGUGUGUGGUAAGUUAUUAGAGGUUGUAGCAGGUCAGGGCGUAGUUAUAGAAUCGUUGGGUAUCAGGACUAAAACGACAGGCAUCAGCAGUCUUCAGUCAGGCAGGUGAUAAAGGACGAGGCAUAAAACAAGUGAGUGAUUGAAGGAAAGAAUAACAACCACUAUCAAUUGUCUCUCUUAAACACAGCACAGCUCUGUAGCAGGGAAUAACUCACUAAGAGUAGAAGGAUGACCUGCCACUUAUUGAGCUCCUUUGUACGGAGCCUGUCCAGGAGAAAACCUCUGGAGCCCGAGGGAGAGGAGUCCACUUUCAACCGCUGUCUGACCACCCUGGACCUGGUGGCCCUAGGGGUGGGGAGUACCCUGGGGGCAGGGGUAUACGUUCUCUCUGGGGAGGUUGCUAGGACGUCGUCAGGUCCCAGCAUCAUCAUAUCCUUCUUCAUCGCUGCCGUGGCCUCUGUCUUUGCCGGCUUGUGCUACGCUGAGUUCGGGGCCCGCGUCCCCAAAACGGGGUCUGCGUAUCUGUACAGCUAUGUGACGGUGGGAGAGCUACUGGCGUUUAUUACCGGGUGGAAUCUGUUGCUGUCCUACGUCAUUGGGACGUCCAGCGUGGCGAGGGCUUGGAGCGGAACCUUUGAUGACCUCAUCGGCAACGCCAUGGGGAACUUCUUCAAAGAAAACGUAAACAUGAACCUCCCGGGCCUCGCAGAAUACCCAGACUUCUUUGCUGCUGGACUCAUUAUGCUCCUGGCAGGUCUGCUGGCCUUCGGCGUCCAGGAAUCGGCAAUAGUCAACAAGAUCUUCACGGCCGUCAACAUCCUGGUACUUCUGUUUGUCAUUGUGGCGGGCUUCGUCAAGGGAGACAUCCGUAACUGGCAGAUCAGUCAGGAGGAGCUCAUCAACGCUACAGCAGAAUUACAGAACCUAACGUCUACAGUCAACGUGACCAGUGUGUAUGGGUCUGGAGGGUUCUUCCCGUACGGUUUCGACGGGACAAUCUCUGGAGCCGCUACCUGUUUCUACGCCUUCGUAGGCUUCGACUGCAUCGCCACAACAAGUGAGGAGGUAAAGAACCCUCAGAAGUCCAUCCCGCUGGGCAUCGUGGCGUCUCUCCUCAUUUGUUUCCUGGCCUACUUCGCCGUGUCGGCGGCACUCACUCUGAUGAUGCCCUACUACCUGCUGAAUGUUAACAGCCCGCUGCCCGUGGCCUUCAUGUACAUCGGCUGGGGGCCCGCCAAGUAUGUGGUGGCUGUCGGUUCACUCUGCGCCCUCUCCACCAGUCUGUUGGGUUCCAUGUUCCCUAUGCCCCGCGUGCUGUUUGCUAUGGCCAGAGACGGUCUCCUCUUCAAGCCCCUCAGUAAGGUCAGCGCCAGACAAAGUCCUGUCAUCGCUACCAUCUCCUCCGGGGUCGUAGCAGCGAUAAUGGCCCUGGUGUUUGACCUGAAAGCUUUGGUUGAUAUGAUGUCAAUUGGGACACUCUUUGCCUACACACUUGUGGCUAUAUGCAUUCUUAUACUUAGGUACCAAGAGACCCAAUCAGACGACUCAGAUCUCCAGAUCCUUGAAUCAAACACCAAGUUUGGUUGUCUCAAACCGCCAUCAUUCCCAACACCGGGCACCUCGAAAACAGUCACAGGUUUGACUGUACUGUCUGUGGUGUGUGUAUGCGGUCUGUGCGUCCUGCUGACCCAAGCGAUAGACGCUAUACAGCGGCAGGAGAUCUGGAGCAUGGUGUGUGUGUCCAUCGUAGCCUUCAUCCUCCUGGUCCUCGUCAUCGUCAUCUGGAGGCAUCCACAGAACCAAGCCAAGGCUGCUUUCAUGGUGCCCUUCCUGCCCGUGCUGCCGGUAGUCAGUGUGUUUGUCAACGUCUACCUGAUGGUCCAGUUAGGAGGAGACACCUGGAUGAGAUACGCCAUCUGGAUGGCCGUAGGGUUCCUCAUCUACUUUGGUUAUGGGAUCCGUAACAGCGUUCAGAAGCAGAGGAACCAGACCAGCCAGGUAACGAUUGAGACCAUCAGCGGUGUGAUGGAAAAGGAGGCUCUCAAAGAAGAGAAGUUCUGAUGCUGAGUGGAAAGGACAGUACAGGGCAGAACAACACAGGACAGGACAUGACAUGACAACACAAGGUAUGACAACACAGUAUAGGACAGGACAGAAAAUAACUGGAGUUGACAGGACAGGACAGAAAAGGACAGAAUAGGCUGGAGUUGACAGGACAGGACAGAAAAGGACUGGGGAUGACAGGACAGGACAGGACAGAAAAGGCUGGAGCUGACAGGACAGGACAGGACAGAAAAGUCUGGAGUUGACAGGACAGGACAGAA